AUGAUGUAUGACAGCGAUUCGUCGCAGGAGAAUCACGAUUUCAUGGACGACAAUUCAAGGUCCGCUUCCGGUCUUUCAAAUGGGCACCGGAAAAGGCGACCUGGCGGGCGGAGCCGCGACGCGCUGGCGGAGAAGUUCAUGGACGAGACUGAGGUACAGGAACUGCGCCUCAAAGUUAACUCUCGGGAGCGGAAGAGGAUGCAUGACUUGAAUUCUGCCUUAGAUGGCCUUCGAGAGGUGAUGCCAUACGCGCAUGGACCGUCAGUAAGGAAACUGUCAAAGAUCGCUACCCUGCUUCUGGCUAAGAACUAUAUUUUAAUGUUAACGAACUCCCUGGAUGAAAUGAAGAAACUUGUAAGUGAUGUGUACAGGUCGGACAAGCGUGGAUCUCAACCGCCUCCGGCGCCAGCUAUCCCGGCGCUUCACUCUCCUACCACAUCGACACAACCACCUCCUCCACCACCAACCGCCCACGGGCAUCCAUUUCCUAUCAUCCCCACAGCCAGCAGAAUCUCCAUCUCCAGCAGCGCGUCGAUCGAGCGGCCAGGAAGUAAGGACUCCCCGCUCAAUACGUCGGCCGUCAUCUGCCCCGUCAGUGCGCAUGAACAACACGUGAUCCAUUCACGAUGGCACGCGCCGUGCACGUGCACCCAGUGUUUAUAUUUGCAUUCGAGGCGGACAUACCCUAUGGGCAUGCCGCACUUAUAUAGCCCGUACCCCAGGAAGGACUCGGGACAUUCGUAG